GAGGAGGCAGCCGAGCCGAGGCGUCGCUCAUUGCUUUGUUUCCUCAGAGGCGGCGAGGCGCGCAGGCAAUGAGUGACUCUAAACCCGCCUGGACAGCCGCCUCUCCCCAAGCAGCUGGACCCAAGGGCGGCCGAGGCUGCCCUGCGAGCUAAGCCUCUCAGCCCUCGAUGCGCAUCGCGGAUUCCUGCUGCUGCUCUGCCGCCGCCGCCGCCGCUGGUGGUGCCUUGGAAGGCUCAGGGGCAGCAGGCGCGAGGUGGGUUGGCCUUGCCGCUGGAGCUGCUCUUGGAGGAGGAGGCGGGCGAGCAGGAUGGUGCGCCAGCCGCGGCUCUGAACGAUGGAAGGCGUUCUGUACAAGUGGACCAAUUAUCUCACAGGUUGGAAGCCUCGCUGGUUUGUUCUGGAUAAUGGGAUAUUGUCAUACUAUGAUUCACAGGAUGAUGUUUGUAAAGGCAGCAAAGGAAGUAUAAAGAUGGCCGUGUGUGAAAUCAAAGUUCAUCCGACAGAUAGCACCAGAAUGGAGCUAAUAAUUCCAGGAGAACAGCAUUUCUACAUGAAAGCUGUUAAUGCUGCUGAGCGACAGAGGUGGCUAGUAGCCUUAGGGAGCUCAAAAGCUUGCCUGACAGAUGCCAGAACUAAAAAAGAAAAAGAAAUAAAUGAAACCAACGACUCUUUAAAAACCAAAAUGUCUGAACUUCGUCUCUAUUGUGACCUCUUGAUGCAGCAGGUCCAUACAAUACAAGAAUAUGUUCAUCAUGAUGAGAAUCAUUCCUCACCUAGCAUUGAGAAUAUGAAUGAAGCUUCUUCCUUGCUCAGUGCCACCUGUGACACCUUUAUCACGACUCUUGAAGAAUGUGUGAAAAUAGCAAAUGCCAAAUUUAAGCCGGAAAUGUUUCCACUGCCUCAUCCUGAUCCUUUAGUUUCUCCUGUGUCGCCCUCACCUGUACAAAUGAUGAAACGUUCUGUUAGCCAUCCAGGUACUUGUAAUCUUCAGAGGAGCAGUCGUUUUGGAAAAGAACCAAAUGCGUCUUCCCAUCAGCUUUCGCACCGGUGGAGAAGAACAGUCUCAGAUACAGAACCUUCUAUAGAUGCUCCCCUUGAAGAUACAGACAGACUGGCAGCAUUUGGUUCUAGAAAAGCCCUCAAUGGAGAUUUGGGACCUCCGGCUGUUCCUGAAGCAAAGCUGUUGCUGUCUCAGAAACCAAGAGGGCCUGAAGAGACUCUUUCUGAGCCAAUAUCCUGAGGAAAGAGAAGGCCCCACUUCCUCUGAGUAAUGCUAUGCAAAAGCUGCUGUAAUUCUGCUCUCGUCGUGGGGGAGUAGUAAUUCCCUAUGUGAAGGUUUUCUCUGCACUUUAUAGAAUGAUGUAAAAACUAUCUUUGGAGUGUAUUUUAUCUUUAUAUAGCUGACUUGCAAAAGUAUUUUCCUAAAAAGAAAACUUCAGUUUGGGUAUUUUUUAAUAGACAGGUGUAUGUACCUUUGUAAAUAUUGCCCUUCUUUUUACUGGAUGUGACAGUCAGGCAAUUUGGCUCAACCUUGAGAAGCAGGUUUCAGAUCUGAGGUAGGGAAAACCUGUGCCCUAGACUAAACUGCUGAUUUAAUCUCAGAGUUGCUCUGCCAGAACUGUAUUCCUCCAGGCACAGUCUGUUUCCCACCAACAUCAGUGGCAGUUCACCAUAUUGUAAUGGCACCUUUAUGUGCUUAGUUUUAGCUAGAUGUUACCUUGUUAUUUAAAUCCCAGCCUGUAUUAAUCACUUAAAGCACCUGCAUUUUUUUUGACUUGCAUCCAAAAAUGUAGCCAAUCAGAAGUAUGUCAUAGAUGCACAGUAUUUUACUAAGCACGCAUAUAAAAUAUGUGAUUAUGAGGCAUUAUACUAUACACUGGGUAAAGGUAUUUUAACGUUUUAAAAGGUAUGUAUUCCUUUUUGCACCGAAAAUGCCUAUUUGUCAUUUCUGGGAUGAAGAGAUAAGAAGAUGGGCUUAAUUCUUGUUGAGAUUUGCCUCACUAAAUGCCUUGUGGCUGUGUUGUUGUUGUUUUAAAGUUCAUUGGGCAGAAUCCAGCCAGUGUUGAGGAUUUAACAAUCUCAAGUAAAGGCAUACUUAAUCUCCUGGUGUUUCUAUAACUGAGACUAGACAAUGCUUCCUUUGCCUGGAAUGAGCCCCCCCCCCUUUUUUUUCUUUUUUAUUUCCAGGCAGAAUAAUCUUCAGUGUGUCUUUUCACCAAAGUUCCUAUUUUAGUGCUGCUUUAUAAAGUCUGCUCUUCAGCUGCUGUUGUAAUGUACCCGUGUUUGCAACAGUAUAUGUAUGUUAUGAUCUUUAUACCAAAGGGAGGGUGGCUUUCACCAUUGUGGGCUCAUGUCACAAAAGCAGAGAAAUACAGCAAGAUCCUCUCCUGUAUUAACUCCCUGCCACUGGCCUCUGUGGGUGCUGGGAGGCCGACUUCUAACUGGAGCGUGUAGUAGCCAUCUAUGGUGCAUUGUGGGCCCAGCUGGCCCGAAAGCGCUCUGGCGGGGCUACUCUGUUUCUGCCAGAGCAGAGAGGAGAUAUGGAGCUUGAAGUUCAGCAAUGUUUGCACAGACAUGUCUGAAGGGUUAUGUCCAAAGCUGUUAAGUGUUUUGAAAUGUAUAUUUUUGUUUUUUAUUCACUUUGGAAUAGAUUUGGUUAAUAAUGUAUUGGCCAUGGAGCACUUUUUAAAAAAAAUAAAAAUGGCUUUUUAAAAAAAAA